AUGGCAGUACCAGUUGCGGAUGCACCUCAAGUCAGCACCUCAGCAAGACUGGACGAAUUGCUAAAACGCGCGCGAUCCGUCAAGCCAAGUACUACAAUCGAGCCUUCUCUUCAGGUUUCAGAGCUAGUGCCUGACAAUGGACCUCUUUUCAGCGACAUCAAUGGCGAAAAAGAUGUACUCUCAACCGCAGUUGAGAGUGCGGCAAAGAGGAUUUUCUACGCAAACAUAGGACUGACAAGCAUUGACGAGCCAGCUUUCAUAACCGUAUGGAACCUGCUCGAUAUCUUGCAGUACUGUGGUGACAGAGAUAUAUGCUCAGCACAAUUGGUACUUCUGCUCAUUGAAGAGCUACUGGAUAGCCAGUCAUUGGCACAAUGUCGGACUGUUUUCAGUUUUCUCGAAUCUCGGAGAGAGGCAAUUAUUGCAAUCAGCUCGCAGAAUAAAUCUCUGGUCAUACUGAGGCUUUGCAAUGAGCUGCUCCGUCGAUUGUCUCGUGCAGAAGACCCUGUCUUUUGUGGACGUGUCUACAUCUUCAUGUUCCAGAGCUUCCCACUCGGUGACAAGAGCUCAGUCAAUCUUCGCGGGAACUUCCAUGUGGAGAAUGUGACAACCUUCGAAGAACCUUUGAAUGGAUCAGGUGCAGAAGAAGACUCUAUGCAAGUCGAUGAUGACGAAACUACGCCCACGAUCAAGACAACAGCGGAGUCAGAAGAUUCGCCAACGACACCCUCGGGUUUCCGUAAGGGCAACGAGAUCCCGCCCAAGACGCUGGACAUCGACACACUCUAUCCUGUCUUUUGGUCGUUACAGCACUCGUUCUCAAAUCCUCCCCGUUUAUUCGAGGAGAAUAACUUCAAAGAGUUCCGAAGCAGUCUGGAGGCGACGCUUGCGAAAUUCAAGGAGGUACCGAAGGUGAUACAAGCAGGGGACAUUGGACGCAAGAAAGGGCCAAAGCCUUCAUCGGACGAUAGCUAUGACGCGUUUGCGAACACGUUCAACCCAAAGUACCUUACAAGCCGUGAUUUGUUCAAGCUCGAGUUAAGCGACCUCGCUUUCCAGCGCCACAUCCUGGUUCAGGCUUUGAUACUCGUUGAUUUUCUUUUGACGUUAACCGAGAAGGCGAAGAGCAAGCCACUCUACCAGAAUGCGCAGAAAGCGAUGCAGUACCACUUCACAAUGCGUGAGCAGGACACCGAGUGGGCAUUGGGCAUCAAGAACGCCAUUGCAAAUUACCUGCAGGAGGGUCCGGAUGGCAAAUUCUACUACCGCAUGGUAGACACCGUGCUCUCCCGUGACAAGAACUGGGUAAGAUGGAAGAUGGAAAACUGCCAACCGUUCACUCGGAACCGAGUCGAUAUAGCAGAGGUCAUAUCAUCCAAGUCCGAUGCGGUGCGUGCGAUCUCGAAGAAAAGGCCAAACGAGCCCACGGGCGUGUCCAGCUCUCUGAACUUCUUGUACAACACAGAAGCAGAGAAGGGACUAUCGCAGCUGAGGCAGCAUGAUCGAUUCAAUGCACCAAGCGCAGAGACGUAUGCAAGGAAGGUCAAGAUGGUCGACUUGGACUUAGAAAUGGCUAACACAGAUGCCGAUAAACGUGAGGCAGAAGAGAAGAAGUCCAGCUACAUCUGGAGGGGUCUCCGUACUGCUUCUCAGAAACAGUUGAGCUCGUUCGACAAGAUCGACCACGGUAAAGGCCUGGAGGCUCUUCAGCCGGUCCCUCCUCAAACUGAGAUUGCAGGCGACGACACUGCAGCCACGGCAGCGCAAGACAGGGGUACCGCUCCGCAAGAAGAAGAAGAGCAUAGCGUCGAGGAGCUGCGGGCCGAGCAACGAAGUCAAGUGACCGCAGACACAGAGAUGAAGUAG